AUGGAUGAUCAUAUCCAUCCCAUACUUCCAUUCUUCUUCAUUCCCUUCUUUCUCCUGUCAAAUUCUGCUGCACUGAACACCAUAUCAGUAAACGAAGCCAUAAAAGACGGGAACACAAUCGUUUCAGAUGGUGAGAUGUUCGAACUCGGCUUUUUUAGCCCCAAAAACUCAAAGAAUCGGUAUCUGGGUAUAUGGUACAAGAAGAUAUCAACUGGUACAGUUGUAUGGGUCGCCAACAGGGAAACACCAAUUACAGACAACUCCGGCGAAUUCAAACUCAGAAGCUCCGGAGGUCCGGUGAUUCACAGUGGCGGCACCACCGUGAUCUGGUCAUCCAAUUACACGGUCUCCGCCACAAAUCUUGAUCCCGUGGCAAAUCUUCUGGAUACCGGAAAUCUUAUCGUGUUUGCCAAUGGGAAGCUAAUUUGGCAAAGUUUUGAUUACCCUGGUGACACAUUGCUUCCAGGAAUGAAAAUCGGGAAGGAUUUGGUGACAGGAUUAGAAAGAUGCUUGACAUCAUGGAAAGGUCCGGAAGAUCCUUCUCCGGGUCAUUACAUAUACUCACUGGACACAAAUGGGUACCCACAAAUACUUCAGAAACACGGGUCAAGUUUACACUUCCGGAUCGGACCAUGGAACGGGGUUAGGUUUCACGGUUUACCCAUUGAAGAUCCGAAUCAGUUUUACUCAUCUGAGUUUGUUAUUAGUGAGACAGAAAUAUAUUACAAAUUCAAACUUAAAAGUUCAGUUUUCGAGAGAAUAGUUGUGAUGUCUGAUGGCAACACUGUGCAACUUCAUUGGACAGAUCGAAUCCAAGAUUGGGUUCAUUUUGGAGAUGCGGUUGUUGAUGCUUGUGGUCGUUAUGGAGUUUGUGGGCCUUAUGGAGUUUGUAGAAUGAAAGAGUAUCCACCUUGUAGGUGUAUGGAAGGUUUUAGGCCCACAAUCCAAGAAGAUUGGAACGCAGCUGAUUGGUCGAGAGGGUGUCGACUUAAAAAGCCUUGGGAUUGUGGGGGUGGGAAGAGUGAUCAUGGGUUUAAGAAAGUUGCAGGAUUGAAAUUUCCAGACACACGGGGUUCAUUGUAUAAUAGGAGUAUGACACUUGAAGAAUGUGAGAUGACCUGCAAAAGGGAUUGUAAUUGUACAGCUUAUGCGAAUUUAGAUGUUAGAAAUGGUGGAAGUGGGUGUUUGUUAUGGUUUGGGGAUUUGAUGGAUAUUAGAGAGUAUGAUGAAGAUCAUGAUAUUUACAUAAAAAUGGCUGCCUCUGAGUUAGCAGGGUUCUUAAAUUCGAGCAGCAACAAGAAGAAAGGAGCACUCACCAUUAUCCUAUCGAUUUCUUCAGGUAUGCUGCUUCUGUCUGCAGUAGCUUAUGCCUGUGCAAUUAAAAAGAAAAGACAUCACAUGAAGAAACAAGGAAACUGGGAGUAUGAUUCUGAAAAAAAUAGUACUGGUUUUAGCAUGGAAGAUCUUGACGAGUUACCGUUUUUUAGCCUAAAUAGCAUAGCCAAGGCAACUAAUGGCUUCAACAUCAACAAUAAGAUUGGAGAAGGUGGUUUUGGUCCCGUGUACAAGGGUGUGUUGGAAGAUGGACAAGAAGUAGCAGUGAAACGGCUCUCAAAAACAUCCCAUCAAGGAGUUGAUGAGUUCAAGAACGAAGUCUUUUAUAUUGCAAAACUUCAACAUCGGAAUCUUGUGAAGCUUCUUGGAUAUUGCAUUCACGGAAAUGAAAUGAUUUUGAUUUAUGAAUACAUGGUUAACGGAAGCCUGGACUCAUUUUUGUUUGAUGAAACCAGAAGUUCAAUGCUUGACUGGCCUCAUUGCUUCGGGAUUAUCCAUGGAAUGGCUCGAGGUAUUCUGUAUUUACAUCAAGAUUCCCGCCUUCAAAUCAUUCAUAGAGAUCUCAAAGCAGGUAAUAUUUUGCUGGAUAAGGACAUGAAUCCAAAAAUAUCCGACUUUGGCCUUGCGAGAAAAUUUGUGGGAUUUGAUACCUCUGCUAAGACAAAGAAAGUGGUUGGAACAUAUGGUUACAUUUCUCCAGAGUAUGCAAUGCAUGGACGUUUCUCUACAAAGUCAGAUGUAUUUAGUUUCGGUGUUUUAGUGUUGGAAAUAGUGAGUGGAAGGAAAAACCAAGGAUUUUCUCACAAAGAUCAUAGUGACAACCUUCUUGGACACGCAUGGAGACUCUUCAAAGAAAACAAGUCCAUUGAACUCAUGAAUGCAUCUUUAAGGGAUUCAUGUGUUAUGUCUGAAGUAUUGCAAUCAAUACAUGUAGGGUUAUUGUGUGUGCAACAUAAUGUAGAAGAUAGGCCAACCAUGUUGUCAGUGGUUUUGAUGUUGAUUAGUGAGGGAGUGUUGCCUCAACCUAAACAACCUGCUUUUUUUACUGGAGAGAACUACCCUGAACACUAUGUUAAAUCAUCAGAUGAAUACAUGAUAACACUACCAUAUGCUCGAUAG